UACGCCCCCAUUCACUAUUCAUUUUAUUCACACACACACACAGUCGAUUCGGCUGCGAAUUUUCCUUCUCUCUACAGUUUAUACGCUCAAACACUUUUACAAAUGAAGGCCGCCAUGUUGAGAUCUGUUCUCAGGAGGAGCACCGGCUCCGCUGCCGCUUCGUCGUCGCGGCGCAGCUUCUCAUCGGCGCCUGCGCCGGAGCGGAAGGUCGCCGUUUUGGGGGCCGCCGGAGGAAUCGGUCAACCGCUCUCACUUCUUAUGAAGUUGAAUCCUCUCGUCUCGAGUCUCGCACUUUACGAUAUCGCCGGCACCCCUGGCGUGGCCGCUGACGUUAGCCACAUUAACACUAGAUCUGAGGUGAAGGGCUAUGCAGCAGAAGAGCAGCUAGGACAGGCUCUGGAGGGAUCAGAUGUAGUCAUCAUCCCUGCUGGUGUACCUAGAAAGCCUGGGAUGACACGCGAUGACCUCUUCAAGAUUAAUGCCGGGAUUGUCAAAUCUCUUUGUGAGGCCAUUGCCAAGUACUGCCCCAAUGCUCUUGUCAAUAUGAUUAGCAACCCUGUAAAUUCCACUGUACCAAUUGCUGCUGAGGUCUUCAAGAAUAAGGGAGUGUAUGAUGAGAGGAAACUCUUUGGUGUGACUACCCUUGAUGUUGUCAGGGCCAAAACAUUCUAUGCUGGAAAGGCCAAAGUGAACGUAGCAGAUGUCAAUGUACCUGUCAUUGGUGGGCAUGCUGGAAUCACCAUUCUUCCCUUGUUUUCGCAGGCCACACCUAAAGCAAACCUCUCAGAUGAAGAGAUUCAAGCUCUUACAAAAAGAACACAAGAUGGUGGGACUGAAGUUGUUGAAGCCAAGGCUGGAAAGGGUUCAGCUACACUUUCAAUGGCCUAUGCUGGGGCCAUAUUCGCUGAUGCUUGCUUGAAGGGGCUUAAUGGGGUCCCAGAUGUUGUGGAGUGUUCGUUUGUUCAAUCCACUGUGACUGAGCUACCUUUCUUUGCAUCUAAGGUGAGACUUGGGAAGAAUGGUGUGGAAGAAGUACUGGGGUUGGGCCCACUAUCUGAUUAUGAGAAACAAGGACUGGAAGCUCUGAAGCCCGAGUUGAAAAGUUCAAUUGAGAAGGGAAUCGCAUUCGUCCGUGGCAAUUGAAGUGGCAGCCAGCUGAACUCCAUUUCAAAACUGAGACCUUGUCACAAUUUUGCAUCUUUCGUCAUGUUGUACUCUUCUUUAUUUCAUUCUACAGAGGAGAUGAUAUCUUGCAAUGUGAUGAAUUAGGCUUAACAUAAUUUAUGCCAAUAAUGCGUGGCUAAAGCAGUCAGGUAAUUCCUGCGAACUAUGUGCUCUGGGAUGUUUCACAAUCCGAGGCAUGAUUUUUAAUAUAAACAAAUUCGUUUCUGGGUGUUGGAUGUUAUUUCAUGGAACUUAUUGAGAUCA